CUUUUGCACAUGGAACUUCGUUGAAAAAUUGAUAUAAAUACAAAAUUACAUGCCAUAAGUUGGUAUUCCUUGCCGUUGCCGUUGUCCCGAAAAUAAAAUCAAUUACAAUGAAAGUCGCAGUCUUGCUCGCGUUCUGCUUCGUGCUUUUGGGAAGCUCUGCUGCACAGAAUUGGCAACGAGCUGAAUUGACAUGGUACGAGUCCUAUCCUGAUCCCAACAGCGACGAAUGCAUCAUCUACAAUGGAUGCUUGUGGUCCGGAUAUUUCGCUUAUUUGGUUGGAAAGCAACCUGAGAGCUGGGUCGCAGCAAAUAACAUUAUCGCAGUCCAUUCCAAGGAUGGAGAACGGUAUAAGCUGAAAACUUUCAGAAUUCGCCAAGGAUCCAGAACAAUUGACGCCAAGGUUUACGACCACUGCGCCGACUCCGAUUGCAACGGAUGCUGUACUCGCAACGCUCAACCGUCCAAUUUCCUCAUUGACAUGGAGACAUGGAGAAAUACACCAAGAACCGUUUCGGAUCAGGAUCCGGACAAGUCGAAUGGUACUGCCUGGACUGUUAAACUACAUACUUCAUACUAUUACCGUCAUUACUAUCUAAUAACCCGAUGCCCCCACUGCAUUCGACUGAAUUGCAGUGUGAAUCUGAAAUCAUCAUCGUUUGAAAUUGUAAAUUGCAUCCGAGUCAUGUACGUAAUAAAUAAUAAACUACAAGUCAAGCACAUUGGAAACUCCUCACCAGUCUCACUUCAAUCCACCGGAAUGGCGAUUGCUUCGUUCGCUCGUGUUGUCAUCAAGGGCUUUAAAAUAGUCCAAUUUAUACCCCUUCUUAUUUCGUCCACUUUUCUUUUUACGUGCCUUUUUCCAAAUAAGAUUAGAUUAUUUUCUCUUGUACAAUUUUCUCUCUAAAUGUUGUCCACCCUUGACUGAUCUCAACAUACUUUGGACGACGACUGGUGAGAUGAAAUUCUAUACAUAAACCCAACUCACAUGAGUGCGUCACUCUUACAUGCUUCCCGUCUCAAAAAGAGUUGCUAAUCGCCUUCUUCUUGCCUAAAGUAAUCCGGAUCUUCCUUUUCCAUUUGCUUGACUGCACACACACACAA